AUGAAGCGCGGGCAAGCAGCUCCCACGGGUUCUGCCCACGGGCACCUGCAGCAGAGGCUGUCAGUGCUGAGCACCAUGGCCAUGGCCUUCGCCAUUCUUAAUACAUGGAUCGCCCUCGCUGGGUCCCUAGGCCUCGUCUUGCCCUCUGGCGGUCCGACCGCCCUUCUGUACGGCUUCAUCAUCUGCGUGAUGUGCAACUUUGCCCUGGCAGCCAGCCUCGGCGAGCUCGCGGCUAUCUGGCCCACAGCGGGCGGCCAGUACCACUUUGUUUAUGCACUCUGCUCUGAGAAGUGGGCACCCCUCUUGAGCUUCUUCACAGCAUGGGCCAACAUCUUCGGUUGGCUAAGUGUCGUCACGGUCCAGGCCUUCUUCGGUGCCCAGUUCAUCUCCGCGGCUGCCAUCGUUGCAUCUUACGAGCAGUACGAAAUCACCGCCGCUAAGACCUACGGCAUAUUCGCAGCUCUGGUCCUGUUCGGCACCUCCAUCAACAUUUGGGGUAACAAGAUUCUGGGAUUCUGGAACGACGGAGCACUUUACUGGUCGAUCGCCGCUGUGUCCAUCAUCAGCGUCAUUGUGCUCGCAAUGUCGGACAAGACAGUGGCCAGCUUCGUCUUUACCGAGUUUGACAACUCCACUGGCUGGCCGGACGGCAUGGCGUGGCUCCUCGGCUUGCUCCAGCCAGCCCUGGAUAUCCCAAGAGCGAUGCUGUACGCCGUCGCCGUCGGGGGAGUCACUGGCUUCGCAUUCAUCCUGGUCACCCUGUUCGGUCUCACAGACCCAGCCACAAUCUUGGCGUCCACGACCGGCAUCCCCAUUGUCGAGCUGAUCCUGCAGGCCACCAAGAGCCGCGCAGCCGCGACCAUCCUGAACCUGAUGAUGGCCGUGUGCUUUAUCAACGGCACCACCGCCAGCAUCACCAGCGCGAGCCGGCUUGUCUGGUGCAUGGCCCGCGACAGAGGCACCUUCUUCAGCGAGUUCUUCACCGCCCUCAGCCCGACGCUAAACGUGCCAGUGCGCACCAUCUUGGCCUGCACCGUCUUCAACCUGCUCUUCGGCCUCCUCUACCUCGGGCCCCCCGUCGCCUUCAGCGCGUACAUGUCGUCCUGCACCAUCUUCCUCAACGUCUCGUACGGCGUGCCCGUCAUUGCCCUCCUCGCUCGGGGCCGAGCCGUGCUUGCUGCCCACCGGUAUCCCGGCACGCCCCAUCAGCUGGGCAGGUGGGGACUGGCGGUCAACCUUGUCGCGUCUUUAUACGUCGUCGUUACGUCUGUUCUCUUCAUGAUGCCCACGAGCCUGCCGGUAUCGGGUGCCAAUAUGAACUACGUCAUUGUCGUCAUUGGCAUUUUCCUCAUCUACGUGUCGAUUUAUUGGGUUUUCAAGGGUAGCUCUUUUACGGGACCAGACUUCGACGGUAUCCUGGGGAGAGCUGUGUCUAAUGUUAUCCAGGCCAGCUCGAGCAACGUGAACGAGCCAUACUUGGCUGCGAGCGAGGCAGGGACCAAGGGUGGCUUGGCUGACGGGGUCAGCAAGCAUGUAGUCUAG